AUGCUCAGUUCAUCAGUUCAGGCGGCCUUUGAACUCUUUGACGAUGAUAGUAGUGAAGAUGAGACGUCGACGCCAUCUGUGAAGCCGCAUGAGAUCUUACCUACUAUCUCCGUGGCUGCAACGCCAUUGUCCAUGGUGAAGGAGAUGCAGGCUAUUACAACUGAAAAUACACGCAUUUUAUCGAAGCCAUGGGAUGACGUUCAAGCACUAGUGGUGGGACCAAUUGAUCUGGUCAUGAAUGUUAAUGGUGUGGGUGGAUCGCGCGGCUAUGUGGCUAUGGAAGACUUGAAACCGGGCACAUUGGUGCUGGUAGAGCAGGUCUACUUGCCUUGGCCUAGCGAUUUGGACAAUGCAGAUCCCGAUUUUUUUCUUGCCACGAUGGAGUCCGUGCUGUCGCAGCCAGACUAUGCUACAAUCAUGAAUCACUUGAGUCAUCUGUAUCCUGAGAAGCUCAACGAGCUGCCAGAAGAAUUGCUCGCCGCUGGCAAAUUGAAAUACGGCGUGCAGGUGGAUGAGCUUUGCCGUAAUUUUAGCGAGCUAGCGCUUUCGCACGAGCAGAUGCUGCAGAAUAUAUUUGCUAUGCAGUGCAACGCUUUUGACAGCGGGGUGUUCUUAUUGAACGCCAUGUUUAAUCACGAUUGUAAUCCAAACUGUGUCAAGUUCACGCCUGAAAAUGCUGGUUCGGAAGCUGGACUGUCUGAAGUGCGAGUCGUGCAAUCCAUCAAUAAAGGUGAGCAGCUUACUAUCUCGUACUUGUACCCUCGUGAGCAAUGUCGCGAGAAGAGACAAGAACAUUUGUGGAAACAAUUCGGUUUUAAAUGCUGCUGUGAGCUCUGUCGUCGAGGCGACAGUGUGCUUCCUGUGCCAUCUCUUGGUACUGAUAAGGCUUUAAAGCCUAGCGUAGUGGACUUAGAGAUUAUUUUGGUUAAUGCGGAAGAUAUUCUAAGAAGGAAACCUGGGGAAGCUGCUGACGCACUUUCUGUGGCAUUAGAGACGUUGUCUGAUGCACUGGAGAUCGUGUCGCAUGACCACAUAAUAUACAUGCGCAUUCACAAACUAGUGGCAGAUUCUUGCGAUUUGCUGCUGCGCAUGGAGACUGGGCGUGUAUGCGAGUACUCGAUCCUAUUCCUUCGCAGCAGUUAUGAGCUGCUCGAGCUUCAGCGAGCGUAUUUAAAAUCUGACCACAUUGACCUGGCGCGGACGCUAAACGAUGUUAGCCAAGGUAUCCAGCUAUUGCUGUCAUACGACCCAAAGGUAUUGUUUAUUGAAUUUCCGGAGUGGAGAGACUUCCGUCAAGCCUCAAUUGUUGAAAACCAGUAUCGCCAAGAGUAUAGAAGGUUGAAGCAGAUGUACGAAUAG